CCAAGGACAGGUCCUGAAGCAAACACCUAGCUUCAUCAAACAACAUAGUCUGGUGCAGGAUAUUCCCAUGGUGUCUUUCCAGACGCAUAAGCCCCGGCGGCGAAGGAAGAUUGAAGACGGCUCACUCGCACAUGUCACGCAUGGCACUCUCGGUCUAGAUCAGACGACGAAUACCCGAAAACCAGCCUUCCCCCUCGUCGCAUUUCUCUGGCCUGCGAAGGGCACUGUGUCGCAAUGGGUGACCAUUCCUCUCAUAUUGAUGAGCGCCGGCCUCUUUAGAUGGUCUACUGGCCUCUGGGGAUAUUCCGGAUUCCAAUCGCCGCCAAUGCAUGGCGACUUCGAAGCCCAACGACAUUGGAUGGAAAUAACACAGCACCUGCCCGUCUCGCAGUGGUACUAUCAUGAUCUGGAGUGGUGGGGUUUGGAUUAUCCACCACUGACUGCAUAUCACAGUUGGCUACUUGGAAUCAUUGGAUCUAAAAUCAAUGCUGAAUGGUUUACAUUGAUCAAAUCGCGCGCCCUCGAUGAUCCUUCAUUGAAAGUGUACAUGCGAGCAACAGUCCUCGUAUCCGAGUACUUGAUUUACAUCCCCGCACUCAUCGUCUUCCUUCGCCGAUACUCUCGACUUGAAGGCGUCAAUAUCUGGGAGGCGUCCAUCGCUCUUGUUGCGAUCCUUAUGCAGCCUGCAACAAUCCUGAUCGACCAUGGCCAUUUCCAAUACAAUGCUGUAAUGCUGGGCUUCGCAAUUGCUAGUAUGUCAAGCAUGAUUGCUGGACGACCAUUGUGGGGUUGCGUGUUCUUCGUGGCAGCUCUUGGAUUCAAACAAAUGGCUCUAUUUUACGCUCCAGCAAUAUUCGCCUACCUCUUAGGGUUGUGCCUGUUUCCUCGACUCGCCUUUACCCGACUGUUGGCCAUCGCGAUUGUCACAAUUGUUUCAUUUGGCAUUCUCUACCUCCCCUUCUUACUGGGAAUUGCUCAUGAUAUAUAUCACGGCUUAUCACUGGAUGACUUACCUAUACCUCCUUUUCUUGCCUCCAUCCCCAUCGGAUUGAACGACGAGGCCUGGUACUAUCCCUUUCUCCUUGAGGUCUCUCAAUCGAUUCAUCGAAUAUUUCCCUUCUCACGGGGACUGUUUGAAGACAAGGUAGCCAAUAUCUGGUGCACUAUCCACACCCUACACAAGCUUCACCGAUAUCCCAGUGCUCUUCUUCAACGAGCAGCUCUUGUCGCAACAUCCAUCUCCAUUUCUGUACCUUGUCUCAUACUUUUUCUCAGACCAAAGCGUGCACUUCUUCCGUUGGGUUUUGCAGCGACAGCGUGGGGAUUCUUUCUGUGCUCUUACCAAGUGCAUGAGAAGAAUGUUUUACUUCCACUGCUCCCAACAACUGUUUUGUUGAGCGGAGAAGGUGGAUUGCUCCCAUCCAUUCGUGCCUGGGUUGGGCUGGCCAAUCUAGUCGGUGUUUGGACCAUGUUCCCACUAUUGAAACGAGACGAACUUCAAGUGCCAUACUUUGUUCUGACCCUCCUGUGGGCAUAUCUGCUUGGGCUACCUCCUCUAUCGUUCUCUGCAUACCGUGGUUCUGGGAAGGGCGAGUUAGGAUUGCUCACAAAGAUCAGCCAUCUGGCUAUCUACUUGGCAAUAGUCGCAUGGCACUUUGGCGAGGCAUUUUGGGAACCACCACCGGAGAAGCCUGAUUUGUGGGUAGUGCUCAAUGCCAUUAUUGGUUGUGCAGCUUUUGGCAUAUGCUAUCUCUGGUGUGUAUACAGGUUGGUAUGGAAGAGCAAUCUUUUCAGUUCUCGCAAAGCAAAAUCGGGGGUCAAGGUUCAAUGAGUCUUUCGAUACCCCUCGUUAAAAGUCAUGAUGGCUAGGCAUUCGCAUAGAUACCCAUUUCCUCAUCUAUAAAGAAGGCGAGAGCAUCAAUCUCUUUUUGCUUGUACUAUAUCAUACAGUCUAAACUACCUUAUAUUACAAUAUACAAUACAAAGGAUU